AUGGGGGAGCCUGGGUCAAUCACGGAGACAAACCAGCCUUCUCUGGGAAGGCUCCGGAGAAGCAUCAUGCCCCAGACUUUAGCAAAGAAGAGACAACUGGUUGUGGCCAUGAGCAAGCGGAGACGUCAGGAAAGGACUGAACAUCCAAAGAGGCUCACCAGCUGCAUUUUUAAAAGUCCAGUCACCAAGGCCACUGCCCAUCCUGACAACCAGGUCUGGCGCAGGCGGCAGGAGGGGAACAUGGAGAAGCCGCAGCAGAGGAGUGCCUACAGGAGGCUGCAGGGGCUCCAGGCCUGCAGCAGUGAAGGGGAACCUAUAAAUACUGUGGAUAUGACAGAUGUGAUGAGAAUAAGUGCACCAACAACGAAGGGUGAACCCCUGGGCCGGGCUGGUCCUGGCUCUCUCCACAGCAGCCCCCAGCCCAGCGCAGCACAGUUGUUACAUUGGGCAGAGAUGAUUCCAGGACCGGGCCUCUGUGGCCCACAGCUUCUGGGCAUCCAACCGGUCACCCGUGGAAACAUCCAGAAACAGAAUAACAGAGUGAAGAGAGCAAGAGAGAGACUGGCUGCAGCUUUGAGAGAAGACAAGCUGGCCAGGGAGGCAGAGAGCCAGGAGUCAAAGAGAAUGUUUUGA